CAAAACUGUGCCAUACAGAAUGUGAUAAUUUCACAAGCUCAUAAAAUAUAAGGAACAGACAAACGAUAUUUGGUUCAUCAUGUGAAGACUGUUUGUAAGGUAUGGUCUACCCUCUAAUAAUCUUUAUCUGUGUACUCUCUACAACAUGUGCGCAGUGGCCAACACUAUAUCGGGGACCGCAAGCGGUAUACCCACCAUCUAUACUGCAAUUACGUCAUCGAAUAAGUAAACCCAUUCCUCCAUCUCUCUUUGGUCGGUACGCAACACAAGUUGUUGAUGAUGGAGAUAUAGAUGAUUUGGGAGAUGAUGGAGAUGAUGGUGACAUCAUGAAGCUACCAUCUUUAAUUCAUCCAAUGGCGAUAAAAACACGACGGUUUCCACCUUUGCUGAUAAGAUACAUGCCUUCGUAUUGCGGAAAAAAGAUCUACAAUCCCCACAAACAAUUUUGUUAUCGAAAUCGUCCUUACAACUCGUAUGUUUAUGGAACCUGUGGACCAAGACUCUACAGAAAACCAAUUUCUUUUUGUUUUAAAGGGCAAACGUACAACAGACUACGAAAAGGAAUAUGCAUUCGUAAUAUCUACGAUAAAUUAAGUCAAGUCUGUCAGAACGGAAAAAUAAUGAAUAUUUGUGCUGGUGAAAUUUUUAAUCCUGGUACACAUUUUUGUUACGAGAGAAUUUACAAUCGGGUGAACUAUGCCAUGUGUGGCAAGCGCGUGUACCGCAAGAGUACACAUUACUGCAUGCAUGGUCAAGUGUUGGCCAAACUUAAACCAUUUCAGGUCCAGCCACUGUUUACUCCGAAGGAGUUACAACUUUGGGGAAGAAGUAUUCGACGCCAUCUUCUCAAGAACAAAUCGAAGAAGUGGUUUCAGAAUUAUAAUAGAUUGAAGAAUUUAAGAAAAAAAUCGACAACAGUGGCCGGACAAAGAAAAAAUUUAGUGCCCACACAUUCCGAGGCGUGCGGAAGAAAUAAAUAUAACCCUAAAUCGCAUUUUUGUUACAACAAUGUCGUUACCCCAAGAUGCGGUUUAAUGGCAUACAACCCAGAUACACUUGUGUGUUUUAGAAACUUUUUGUACACAAAAGGUCUUUACGGACUUUGUGGGAGCGGUUUGUAUAACAAGUACACACAGUCCUGUUUUGGUGGUCAUGUAUACCAGCGUGAUCUCAAACGCUUUCCUCAGUUGGAGAAACUUUUUCUCGAUUAUAACAGCGAGAGAGACUCCGCCGAAAAAGAAGAAAGAGACAUUUUUAAUUUGAGCAAACAGUUAGCUGCGAAAAGGAGAAGCUACAGGGAAAAACAUGGUGGAUUUUGUGGAUUCGGAUUCCGCUUAAAUAAGAGAUCUCACUUUUGUUAUAACGGGAAGUUAUAUAACCGUUCUGUCAGUGGAAUGUGCGGAAAAGUUGUUUACAAUAAACAGACCCAUCGAUGCCUUUCAGGAGCACAAUUGUUUCCAAUCGUGAACACAAACAAACCGUUGUAUUACUUACAGGGUGCAGGAUAGAAAAAGACGCUAAGUCCCUUAUGAAAUUUUAAACCAACCAGUCGGUCGAUGUUUCGAAUAUUCAGUAUCAGUUAUAUCAGACAAAUUACUUCGUCCUUUACUAUUUGUUUAAAGGCAGUGAAUAUACUUUUGAAAAAAACUUUUUUUUGAGUUCAUUUCUCUCUCUCAUUUAGCUAUUCUCCACUCAAGAGCUUUUUAUAUAGAUAAAUAAAGAUAAAGAGAGAUAUAAAGAGAGAUAAACUAAACUUAUAGAGAUAAACCUCGAAAGUUCUUAAAGAGUUCUGGGGACGAGAAUGACAUUUAGUAUUAAAUAAGUUUCUAACAAGUUCUAUUUUGUUAAAGUAAAAGUUAAGUUGUGGUUCUUUGAUAGAUGAAUGUUAUAUUUCCUUAUGGAGGUAGCUUUUAAUUUGAACAAAAAAAAAUUUCUGUAUCACUAAAAUGACCAGUACUUACUACACAGUUUUUUUAAAUACAAAAAUCGCAGAA